UUGAUUUGUGAUUGAAGAAUCAAAUGAUUAAAUUAUUAUUUCGAAAAAAAAUCCUACUCUUAGUGAGAUAAUGUGAUUUCUAAGUGAAACAAUAUGCCCUAUUCUACUAUAAAAUUUCUGAAUAUGGAAAGGUUUUAAUACCCGAGUAGUAUACGAAACAAACCGGUUGCGAAUAUGUCUGUGCCCGAGGAACAAGACGACUUCAUAUUUCGUCCCCAACAACAUUUAGACCCCAAAUGGCUAAAUCCUGACUUACAAGAAGCCCUUCACGACCCCGAAGCUGUUUAUUGCCUAUUCAAUAGUUUACUACAGGACAGAGAAAUAUAUUUCGAUGCCGGAAACGGGUUGGUCAAUGCUGCUGGAAUAACUGCGAAACUUGGUGAUAGCGGAAAGUAUUAUUGCGGCCUAAGGAUUCUAAACUGUACUUGUUGUGACGGUCUUUGCGGUCCUCAUUCGGGAUGUGCAUGCGCACCCUGUACUGCACUUUCAGCUGAAGAAGAGCUACGUGCCUCAAUUCAGUCUAAAAUUGUUGCACCACCACCCUCUGUCCAGGUUAUUGAUGAUAUCAAAUGGAAGCUGGAUCCAGGACCAGAAUGUCUGCAAAGCCUGAUGGAGGCCCUAGUUUGGGAACAGCGAGUGAGGGCUAUCAAUACCGCUGUCAGCUGUCCAUUCAUAUCACAGAUACGCAGACUAAUUGUGCUCUGUCAUAGACAUCUGGUAGCAGUGAUCAGGGAUCAAAACAACCAUAAAGAGGCUAAAAAGACCAAAGUUGAAAAGAAACCUGUCCACGGUGUUAGCAAUAGAAAUCUGAGCAAUGUUGUCAGCACUCUCAAUAAACCAAUGGAGUUAGGAUCUGAUAUGCAAGAAGAGGGUGAGGAAGCAAGUGAUGAAUCUGAAAGUGCCUUUGCUCUAGCGCGAGUGGGCGCAAGAGCUGCAUUACGUCUCGCUCUGUCGCUAGUGCGGCGCGCAUGGCGGUGCGGCGAGGAGGCCGAUGUAUGCUCCGCCCUACUUCGCGACGCACUGGAUGCAGUACGCGGAUUGCCCGAAGCUGCAUUGUACGCUGGCAGUGGACAGCUAAAUUCGAUCGCACAAGUGCCGAGAUCACAAAAGAUCUGGGCAGAAGUUGUUGAUAGUGCUGCCAAAUUCUUGCAUCAGGUUGUUGCUGGUGAAGUAGGUUGCAACGUCCCUCAAGGCGACUGGCGGACCUCGCUGUGCGUGUGGGUGGAGCUGUGCGCCCGUCGCGCCGAACUUCCAGCGCUGUUGAAGGCUGCAGACGUUCUAGUCACGUUACCACCCAAGCAGAAACGACAACCGGACAAUAGAAUAGUUUUAGAAGAAUGCACAGCGCCGUUAGGUCCAUUUUUAAGACGCAUGGCCAAAGUUGCAGCACCUAAUCCAAUAGUUAACUCAGAACCAAAUAGCGAGAGUAAUCCUACUGAGGCAUAUCUUAAGGAACUGGUUAUACCAAGUGGCGAUGGUCUUAUGAGUGUAAGGAAAGCUGGUAUUGCUUUGCUCUGUCAUUUAGAUCGAUUGGGUGCUCCGUUGUUACCGCCUUUGAAAGGAUUUGUUACUUGCACUGAGUCGGCCCAAGAAGUUGUCUCUAUAGGUUCUGGAUUAUUGCAAUUAGGAAGUUUGAGAAUACAGCAAAUCGCGUGUGCUGAAAAAUUGGCGUUGUUAUUAACUCACGAUGGUGCGGUGUACACUUUGCCUUAUGACACCAUGACCCCUCAUCUUGUGCCGGGACUAGAAAGUAAAACAAUAACUCAAGUGGCAUGUCAUCCAAAUGGACGACACUACCUUUGUCAGUCAUCGUGCGGUGGUGCUUGGUCGUGGGGUGCGGGCGAGGACGGGAGACUGGGCCACGGGGAUACGGCUGCCAGGGAUGCGCCCCAGCCUUUACACCAUCUCGCUCAUCAUGAGGUCGUUAGAGUGGCUGCCGGAAUCGCUUGCAGCGCGGUGAUAACAUCUCGCGGAGCCCUAUACACUUGGGGACGCGGCGCUCAUGGCAUACUAGGCCACGGCACGAUUGAAAACUGUUUGACUCCGCAUGCCGUGGCUUUUACUGCGCAUAACAUCGAACGGAUUAUUGAUGUCGCUCUUGGUUGGGGUGAAGGUCAAACUUUGUGCUGCACUUGGGAGGGCGCGGUGCAAGUGUUCGGCGACAGUGAGACGGGUACACCCAGAGCUCUUACGGCGUUGUCUACCUUGCGAGUAGCUCGAGUUUAUACUGGGGAACAUUGGCAUGCUGUCCUUACUGACGGAGGACAAGUCUACACUUGGGGUAAAGGAGAUGGAUAUAGAUUAGGUCAUGGAAAUUUGGAAUCUACUACAAUACCUAAACUAGUUGAGGCCCUGCAAGGUAUAAAAAUAGUCGAUCUGUCACUCGGUAUGUCGCACGGUAUUGCGUUGUCGUCUGAAGGCGUGCUGUACGCAUGGGGCACGCACGAGCGUGCGCAGAUCGCCAACACCGUGCCGCAACCUUUGCAAGCGUUCAAUCCUUCAUUUAAAGCGAAUGGUGUCGCGACUGGGCCGUCGCAAAUAUUCGCGUGGAGCGAAGAAAAUCCAAGAGAUCUCCCGUCUUCAAUGCCUUUUGUGAUUGACUUAUCAGAAAAUACAUUUAAGUUCCUUGAAAGGCUACUUAGGAUAGUGGUAGAACAAAGCGGUACGGCGAAUAUAAAGGAUAAUGAAUGUCUAGCAAUCUCAUGUCUGAAUCUCCUUAGGUUACAAGUACACGCUUGGCAAUGCGCGCGAGGCAAUGAAAUAGACGAAACAGAUUCGGAAAGUAGAUCUUGGUGUGCUGGAGUGCACACCGCGCUGGUGGCGCUAGUUGAAGGCAGGGCCGGGGUAGCGGCCGCGGCGGCUGCCAGGAAGGCUCUGGCUGCGGCCUGGCCCAUACUGUUGCCCACUCCUCAGAUUAGAGCUCAGCAUCUCAUAGCUUUGUUACCUCAAGGGUCAGUCCCCGCUAGUACAGGAGCAAGAUUCAUGACAGAACUGUUGGUGUGGUCUCUAUUGGGAGGUGGAGGUUUGCGGGAUGCUUUAAGAAACGCCCUUCAAGCUGAUUCUAACGAUCCGUACAAUCAUUUGCAGCUAGAUGAUGAAUAUGACCAAAUCGACAUAGUAACAGGCCAACGUGGGCAUUCAGCAACAACUAUGUCUGAAGACAGUGAAACUGUUCAAGCCAAUUGUACGGACGAAUAUCAGAUUAGCAAUAAUGCAACAGUUUGCGAAAAUGGCGCCUCAGUUCCUCUAAUGCAUUUGGUAAAGCAUUUGAUACGCAACACGAGUUGCCAGACGCAAAUGCACAUAAACUCCAUAAUGAGCGGAGAUACUAGUAAGACUGAUGAUCUCAAGGGACACGACACUGUGAGUCCUAGCUGCGAUCUUCUUAUAAGAUUUCAAAGGCUAUUAUUCAGCGAAGCCAUGUGGUCUAGAGGCGGUCGUAGCACGCGCGGCGGAGUGCGCUCGCUACUCACACAGUACACCAGUCUGCUGUCAGAACAUGUCCACUCCACGCUGAGCUGUUUCUCGCGGGCUGUACAUAAAGCAGAUAACGACCAGCUUGUCGCACUUUGCGAUCUGAUAAGCGCUGAUAUUGUGGGUCGUGUAAUGAGCGAGCUCGCGGUGUGGGUGUGCGCAUGUGCAGCACGCUCCGCCAUCUCUCUCUCCGACUGCACGGGCUCACUCGUGAAAAUUGUGCGCGCUUGCGACGAGGCGGCAAAAACGUUACCAUCCGCCGCUAAGUUGGACGCUGACCUUCUGGGCUGGCCUGGACUUAUGUCGAAACGUCAUCAGUUGAACCGAAGUAUUAUUCGCAAAUGUGAUUUACAAAACCAUACCAAAGAGGGAGGGUCGUGGAUAGUAGUCGCCGGCCACGUGUUCGACGUGGAACAUUUCGAAUGUGAAAGCGCUAGCACCGUGGAAUUGGUGCGCAAGCUGCGCGGCUGCGAGGCCACCGCUGCCUUGAGCGUAGAUCCCCACGCGGCGUUCUUGUCGAGAAUCACUGAGAAAUGUGUUGGGAUGUAUGCUACUCAGAUAUACAGUCAUAAGUGCCAGGAAAGUACGUCGAGUCUCCGAACGCACCAUAUCUUAUCAUCGUGCGCAUUUCACUUAGCGUUGGGCCUGUCACAAUGUGGACUGCGAUUAGCGCGAUCCUUGCCCAUACAACAAGCUGAACGCGAUGCAGCGCCCUAUGCUGCCGCUGUUUUCCUUAGAGGUGGUCUUCAGACGUCUCAACCAGCAAAUCCAUUCGAAGAGGAAAAGGCAGAGGCCCGAAGCGGGUCGUCGACAGGCGGCAACAGUCCGGCCAGCGACACGCCCCACGUAUCUCAUACGUCACAUACCUCCAACGUGCUGUACCCGCCACAGACACGCAUCACUAAACUCCCGAAAGUGAAUAUUACAGUAUCGUCUGUCCGCGCGGAUACGCUGCUGUUCGCGUUGGCUGAACCAAAACUACACGAUCCCUUAGCAUUACAUUUGUGGUGGGCUUGCGAACGCCGUGAGGGCUGCGCUCCGCAUUUCCCUCCUGAACAUCCUCUGGAAGAACUGAGACGAGCUCUUUUGGCCGUCUUGUUGUAUCACGCCGGUCUCAAAGAACACGCGUUAGCAACGGCUACUGCAGAAAUGGAGAAGGGUGAAGUCAAGCUGUCACCGGCUAUGUCAGAGAUCGUAAAAGCCGUACAACAGAGUAAAUGGACACUGAUGCGUACAAGGCAACAGUUGUCAAGGGGAUAUAAGGAAGUAUGUGCAGCUCCCUUAGAAAGGGCUCGUUUCCUCUUACACGAAGUACGCGCCGCUAUUUCGCCAGCUGUAUCGGCGUUACACUCACGCCCGCCCUCACGACGUCCGCCCACCGCAAAGAAAAUAUUUCAGAAGGUUAUGAGAAUGGCCAAGUCUCCGACUUUCAAUAAAUGUUUCGAGACCACAAAAGACCUUAGAAAUAGACAAAAUAGCUUAAGUAAAAGUAUGCUCAAAGCAACAGGUAGUUUACUGCAAGGCGAUGCACUACUCAUAAAAUCUGGUAUUGGCAAUCAAAGUAAAGCCGAUGAAGUACAAACUAUUAUAGUAGAACCGCCUAAAAGUCACGCUAGCUUAGAUGGUUUCGGCGAUCAUAGUUCGAAAAGCUCCUGCCAUUUACAAGCGAAGAAUAAAUUAAAAUCUAAAGAAAAACCACUUGAAAAAGAGUUAAAAAAUGCUUGUAAUUACGACGACAUGCGCCACGAUGGUCGACCUGAUAUCAAAUUGACUGAAAAAGUAAUUGAUCUCAAACUUACUGAAAAAGUAUCUGAUCUCAAAUUAAGUGAAAAGGAAGACGCAUUCGAUAAAGACGACGAUAAAACUCCUACAAACGAACUGUCGUUAAGUUCAAUCAAUGAAAUGACUGAUAACUCAGUUUUUAAGGAAUCUUUGGAGAGUGAAAAGCAAGUUAUACUUUUAGCUGAAGAUCUCAAAAAUGAGCUUAUUGUAGCUGACGAAGAAAAAGAUGACGACAAUUCUGAAAGAAAUAAGUUUGUUAAUGCGUGGGUUGCGAAACUUGCCUGCGAAGAGAAGGAUUUGUAUUGGAUGUUAGAAGAAGUAACUCCUGAGCAGCAAAAUUUAACCGCUGCUAUUAUAGAUUUCGUGAUCACAGAAGAACCUUGCGAUAUUGAUAUUCUUAGACGAGCAUUAUACUGUCAGAUACAAAGAGCAGAUAUACGGCGAACUGGUUACUCUGUAAUAAACAACAUUUUACAUUCCUCUCAAACGAUGUCUGAAAGUGUUAAAUAUGCAGCACUUUCGGGUCUAUUGGGGGCUUCAAUGGCUGAUUCGGUCCCAAAUGCCCAGCUCAAACCUUCGAUACCACUAACAAAACCUUUAAAAAACAUUGAAUCUGUGAUACCUUAUUUAAAAUAUAUGGUGCUUUUGGAAAGGUCGAAGUUAAUGGAUUUUAUUCUCAUCGAAUUGAAGGCAAGGGUUCUUGAAGGUGAACAAACGCAAGCAUUGCCUCUUAAAAUGAGUGCAAAUUAUGGCGCACACGCCUUACUAAACAGACCGUCCAGGGCAAGGUUCCUAAUAACACUCCUAUCGUUGCUCAUUGAGGGGAGUCAGGGCCCAGAAUUGGAGCAACUAAUAAAUGGUGGAGCAUUGAGUUCGUGUUUGACAUUACUGAAACAAAUCGGAGGGGAUACAUCUCAACAUUCUUCCCUUAUUUGUAAUGGGAUGAAGUCAAAAUCGGAUUGCUUGGUUAUCUACGAAGAUGAACGAUUAGGUGCACGCGCGAGAGGCGCAUCUUUGUCAGGACCAGAGCUGGCUUCUCUGAUGAAGAUUGGCACGCGAGUUGUUCGGGGAAAAGACUGGAAAUGGGGCGAUCAGGAUGGUGUGCCAGGCGGGGAGGGUCGCGUGAUAGGCGAGCUAGGUGAGGACGGCUGGGUUCGCGUGGCUUGGGACGCGGGAGGUACCAACUCAUAUCGCAUGGGCAAGGAAGGGAAAUAUGACCUAAAGCUGGCACGAUCGCCUUCACCACCGCCCUCUGUCGACGAGACUGUACAGGGAAACGUGGAAAAUAGCGUGGAAUGGUGGCCAGUGAGCGAAGUUCGUUCGGCUUGUACUUGCGCAGUGCGCGCCCUGUGCGCCGGCGCGGGGACCACGCCCGCUCCGAACUUGGCUGCGAGACGAAACGUGGCAGCGUUGCAAAGAAGACUGUUGGCACUAGCGCACGCACACGUCUACCCGCCACCGACGGCGUUUGCGUCUCAUACGCAUACCGCUUUGGCGUUGUUACGAGCAAGCGCACAAAGCCCCGAGAUGAGGAUAUCCCUGUGCACAGACUCUUGGUUUGAACUCUGCUACAGUAUUAUAUCGUCCACGGACAAACCUAUUUCACAGGAUCUCAUAUAUUUACAGAUUCAGUCUCUAUGGCUUUUAAGACGAGUACUAGCAGAACAUACGGGAACUUUGGAAUGGCGGCGCACUGUGACAGCUCAGUUGAUAGCAUUGACGGGACGACUUUGGCUUGAAACUCAUGUAGCUGAUCCGGCUUUGAGAGCGCACACGCACGCGUUAACUGCUCUUACUUCGAUUAAUAUUGACGAAGAAGAAAUAGAUAAUCGAUGGAGAGCGCCUGCGACGGCCAGUUACACUGGCGCAACUUGCUCGGCUAUCGUCAAUCUCGUACGACAACUGCAUACCGUGCCGCAGUGGCACGGACCAGUCACGGCGCUCUUAUUGGAGAAGUUGCAGCUCGCGGCACAAAUGAUAACAAGUGACUGGCAUUGGUGGCCCCAUACCAGUCAAGAAAUAACUCAGACUAUGAAGCCAACUCCACCAUCUCUAAACAACUGUCUCAUUGCUGGAGCCUUAGGAGUGGUGGGUGGAAUGGAAUGGCGUAUUCGCUUAGGACAAAGAGUGAGUGCGGGCUCUCCACCAAGAAACGCCGUCGUUACUCAGUUGUCCCCGCGGGCUAAAAUAACUCUAUUGCACGAUGACAAUACCACUACUAAGACGGAUCUGAAUAGCGUACAAAGUGCGGAGUGUGAACGUCUAUCUCAAGCUCUAGGAGGAGGUGAGAGUGCAUUGCGAGUUUGUGCCGCUUUAUUGGGCGCCGGACCGCAAGCUUCGCCCAUGCAUCCUCACCAUUUACCAGCUGAAAUUGACGUUUAUGGACUUAGACGGCAACAAAUGGAGUUGCUCACACUCUGUGCUGUGAGGGGAUUGCUGACAACCCGGACUCGACUAAGAAAAGUCUUGAUGCAACCACCGGAUAAUGGCGGUAACACCCUAGACAGAGGUGCGAUGCUAGGAACAGAGGGCACUUUGCUAAGGCGCCUACUUGCCCUAGCUACUCGGCCAAGUCCACUGGCUUCCUCCCACUCGCCCAAAGACCUUGCAGCCGCUGCUCUUACUAUAGUCCAGCAGUUGGCGGCACAUGUUUCUGGUGAUGAAAAAGAUUUCGAUUCUCCUCCUGAGAUACCUAUAAUAGACAAAAGUAAUGUAAUGCAAGUAUCGAUGGGUCCAUCAACUAGUACAGCGUCACUAUCACGAAAAGAUCUAAAUACAUGGGCCAAUUCAGCGCAAGUGCAACAAGUUAUCGAAAUGGGGUUUUCAAGACACGCUGUAUAUGCGGCUAUACAGACAUUAGGGGGCACAAGUCUACCCUCAGUGGAGGCCUUAGUGGCAUAUCUCCUGGAGUUACCGCAACAGGGCAUGGACGAUACCGUGUUCGAAAUAAAACCUACCACGUCAAAGCAGGAGAAGAAACAAACGCCGUAUCGCUGGCGCAGCUGCUUUGCGUCUGAGGACGAGUACGCCCAGUACUUGUCCGAUAUCAUUACUCCUGGUAUGACUGUUAGGUGCUGCAAGGCUUAUGAAAGUAUUGCACUUGGCGAUGUUGGACAGGUUCAAAAAGUUGAACGCGAUAUAAAGCAGAAUGUUUUUCUACAUGUGGAAUGGCGUGGUUUAGGUAGAGUGUCGGGCGUGCGGGCGUUACACGCAGAAGUGGUAUCAGGAGCGCCACCAUUCGCGGCGGGCGACCGCGUGCGCGUGCGCGCCGCCGUCACGCAGCCACGCUACAAGUGGGGCUGUAUAGACCAUACCAGCGUUGGAACUGUUACAUCGAUAUCAAGCAAUGGGCGAGACCUGACGGUCGACUUUCCACAACAACCAGGCUGGACCGGACAAGUCAGUGAAAUGGAACUAGUCACUGAUCAAUCGGAAUGGGGUGAAAGUGCGGGUGGGAGUGCGGUUGGAUGGCGCGGCGCCGUACGAGCCGUGCGAGUGUCCUCAUGUCGUCCCGGCGCUGGAGCUCGGCGGUUACUUGAUUCGCAACCUCACACUUAUUGGCAGAGCUCGAGUGGUACAGGACAGCAUUGGAUCCGCGUAGAGAUGCGUUGCGGAGUACGCAUUCGACGCCUGGGUCUGGGCGUGGCGGGCGGCGCGCACGGGCCGGCUGCACUAUCCGUCAGGGCCGGCAGUAGCUUCGAGGACUCUGCUCUCGCGCCGCUUGCCGCGGUGCCGUGCACGCCCGCGCCGCCAUCAAGAGACCGCCCACCUACACAUUUAGCACAAAUACAGCUGCUUUCUGACUGUAAACAGUAUUACCCAUGUAUAGAAAUUGCAAUCAAACAAAAUAGAAACGUAAACGCCGACUGUCGAGUUCAUGGUCUUUACAUUACGGGAUUUAGACCGAAUCCAUUGUACACGGAAAUUCUGGGAAGUAUGAAUUUCGUAGCCGAAGACUGGAUGGAAAAAGAUAAUCCAACGAGCACACUUUCUGCUGAUAAUAAUCCUCCAACAUUACCACAUGACUGUCCUAAGGUGUAUGUAUGGGGCUUAAAUGAUAAAGAUCAGUUGGGCGGUGUUAAAGGGUCUAAAGUGAAGGUUCCCGUAUUCUCUCCAGUUCUAAGCGCCUUACGUCCCGUUCACAUAGCGGGCGGUUCCAAAACAUUGUUUGUUGUGUCACAUGAUGGAAAGCUAUACGCUUGCGGUGAAGGUACGAAUGGUAGACUAGGUCUUGGUCACAGUAACAACGUGUCGACGCCGCGUGCCAACCCGUACCUCUCGCACGUUCUGGUACGUCGGGUCGCCGUGCACUCAGGGGGAAAACACGCGUUGGCGCUCACUGCUGAUGGGAAGGUGUACUCUUGGGGCGAAGGCGAAGAUGGAAAGUUGGGUCAAGGCAACCGCAUAACAUUGGAAGCGCCACGUAUAAUUGAAUCACUCUCUGGUGAAAGGGUGGUAGGAAUCGCUUGUGGGUCCGCUCACAGCGCGUGCGUCACUGCGAGAGGACAUCUGUAUACUUGGGGACUGGGGGAGUAUGGGCGGUUGGGCCAUGGUGAUGACGUCACACAACUUUUGCCCAAAAUGGUUGAAGCGCUAGCUGGCUUCAGGGUCAUACAAGUGGCGUGCGGGUCCCGGGACGCCCAAACGUUGGCCCUCACAGCUUGUGGAAAGGUUUUCUCUUGGGGGGAUGGUGACUUUGGAAAACUAGGUAUAGGUCGGGGUGGGUCGGAUGGUUGUGCGGUUCCAAUGAACGUGGAAAGGCUGAAUACUCUUGGUGUUAUUCAAGUUGAAUGUGGUGCCCAGUUCAGUUUGGCGUUAACUAGGGACGGAGAGGUGUGGACGUGGGGUAAAGGCGACUACUUCCGCCUGGGGCACGGUUGCGACGCGCACGUGCGUCGUCCCACUAUCGUGGAAGCGUUGCGCGGUCGGCGCGUCAUUCACGUCGCUGUUGGGGCUUUACACUGCUUGGCUGUCACGAGUGAAAACCAGGUCUGGGCGUGGGGAGACAACGAUCACGGGCAACAGGGCAACGGUACCACUUGCGUCAACCGUAGACCAGCGGUGGUGGCGGGAGUUGAAGGCGUGCAGAGGGCUGCCGCUGGGUCUUCACACUCCGCAGCCUGGGCGCUGCGCCCGGCUGCUCUGCAACCAGACAUACAGACGCCACAUGUAGCUCCGUUGCCUUUCCCGACUUUGAAGGAUCCAUUGGGAGCGCAUAGCCUUGGUCUCUACUCAGAUGAGAUCUCAGUAGAAGAGCCACAAGGCCCGCGCCCCUCUCUAGCGGCCGCAGCACUCUCUCUCGAGCCGCCAGUAGCUGUGCAACACGCGUUAUCGCUGAUACUCCUCGCUUUACACAUUACUCAGGCUCGCAGUCUUCUGGUAGAAGCGUUACGAGCCCAUGAGGCGUGUUCGACGGCCGCUCCUGUGGUGGUGGGGAUGGACUCGGAGGACGACGACGCGGAAGCUGAUGCGCGCACGGGCGGUGGCGAGGCACCCGCUGAUAGGGCUACUUUACCGAGCGGCGCAAGCAGUCCUCUAAGUGGUUCGAUAUCAUCUCGGCACUCUGCAGUGAUGUCGUCGAGUGCCGUGUCGGUAGCGGCCGCCACCAUGACGGUGCAGCAGGCCGAGGCUCCCAAGGUGAAGCUAGUUCUAGAUGACUUUACAUCUCAACUGGGCGAAUCGGACGCACGAGCGUUAGUGGAUCUGCUAAAGUUAGCCGCCGCGGGACGCGUGCCGGACGCGACCAAUGCGGUCAAAGUCAUUACUGAUGUGCUAAUGGCACUGUGCGCAAGCAAGCCCGCAGUAGCGGACAUGGUAGUGGAAGUGUGCGUGUGUGAGCUCGAAGAAGCGGCGGCGGGAGGCACGCGCGCGCCACCGCACCCCGUCACCGUCGACAGCCCGCAUCCCUAUGCAGAUGACACGGACAUUUCCGGUGUUGUAAAAAUACCCGGUGCUUCAUCCCUCCGAGUAUCGUUUGAACAAGGCUGCUCUACCGAGAGAAGGAACGACCCUUUAACCAUAUCAGACAGUGCGGGAAGAGUUCUUGCUACUAGAUCUGGUAGGGAACCAAUGGAUUGGGCCCAAGAAAUUGUGGUAAAUGGUGAUGAGUUACGUUGGAGGUUCACAAGUGAUGGGUCAGUGAAUGGAUGGGGCUGGCGUUUCACAGCACAUCCUAUUUUGCCGUCACACUCAAAUGUGGAAAGUGGCACAGACCGCUACGUUCUAUCUUGUCCCUCUGUGGAGUUGGCGUGGCGGUUACUAGACGGUCCCUUACUAUCGGCUAUAUCGAACGAUCAUCAGCUAGCGCCGCGACUGGCGCAGGCUUUGGCUAUUUGUGCCCAAAUGCCUACAUUAUCGUGGCGUGGGCGUGUGUGGUGCGUGCGUCGUUUACGCGGCGUCGUAUGUGCGGCGGGUAUGGGAGGAAGCGCGGGGGAGGGGGUCGCCCCGCCGACCGCUUUGCAGGCGCUACCGCAAUUACUGCACGCGCAGUAUGAACACGAGGAGCCUGCAUUACGUACCGGCACGCAUCUCUUACACACGCAUUAUCUUAAGGAACUAGCAUGGCUCGCUUGCGGUCUUCGCAUUGAUUCUCGCGUAUGUUCCGGAGCCGACGCCGCUCGGUGGGCGUGGUUCAAACGGUACUGCUUAUGUAUGCGCACUGCGGAUGCGCUCAUCCGACGGGUACCUUUACCGAUGCCCUUCCUAGCAGACGUUCGUAAGAGACUCGCGGAUCUGGGAGUGUACAAUGUGGAGGAGAGCAGUCCAGACGCGCAGAACCCUUGGGAAGAUAACAAGGCGAUAACUAGACAGCAUGAUGAACAACUGUUGCACUGGGUGAACAAACGUCCAGAAGACUGGUCGGGUUGGUGGAACGGCAGUUCCCGCGGUUGCGCGGUGUACGGCUGGGGACACAACCACCGCGGCCAACUCGGAGGCGUUGAAGGGGCCAAAGUACGGACGCCUACACCUUGCCACGCGCUGGCAGCACUCAAUCCCGUGCAACUUGUCGGUGGGGAACAAACUUUAUUCGCUGUCACGCCUGAUGGAAAGGUUUAUGCCACUGGUUAUGGUGCAGGUGGCCGUUUAGGCAUAGGCGGUAUCGAUUCGGUUUCUCAGCCUACGUUGUUAGCGUCUAUUCAACACGUCUUCAUCACCAAGGUGGCCUGCAACUCGGGUGGCAAACAUUGCUUAGCUUUGUCUGUCGAUGGAGAAGUUUACAGCUGGGGUGAAGGUGAAGACGGAAAACUUGGCCAUGGGAAUCGAGUAAGCUACGAUCGCCCAAAGUUAAUAACAGCGCUAUCUGGUCUGGAAGUGGUAGCGAUAGCGUGCGGCGGCGCCCACUCUGCGUGUCUCACUGCGAGGGGGCGGAUAUACACGUGGGGCAAGGGGAGGUAUGGCCGGCUGGGGCACGGGGAUUCCGAGGACCAACUUGUGCCUAAACUGGUGGAAGCGCUGUCGUCAUACCGAGUAAUCGACGUGGCUUGUGGUUCCGGAGACGCGCAAACUCUGUGCAUAACUGACGAUGACAAUGUUUGGUCGUGGGGCGAUGGAGAUUAUGGAAAACUUGGACGUGGUGGUUCAGAAGGCUGUAAAUUACCGAUGAGAAUAGAUUGCUUGAAAGGUUUACGGGUGAUCAAAGUGGAGUGUGGAUCUCAGUUCUCUGUUGCCUUAUGUCAGUGUGGUAGUGUCUACACUUGGGGUAAGGGGGAUUACCAUAGAUUGGGUCAUGGAAGUUACGAGCACGUACGGCGGCCGAUGCGUGUUACGGGUAUGCAGGGGAAGAUGAUAGUUUCCAUUGCUACAGGCAGUCUACAUUGCGUGGCUUGUACCGACACAGGCGAAGUAUACACGUGGGGAGACAACGAUGAAGGUCAAUUAGGGGAUGGGACAACGUUGGCCGCGCAGAGGCCGAGACUGCUUAUGGCAUUACAGGUGAUUCUGAAAGGAAAACGCGUAACCCGCGUGGCGUGCGGUAGCGCCCAUACCGUGGCGCUGUGCGUUGAAGCGCCGCGCGCCCCGCGCCCCCCGCCACCGCCGCCGCUCGAAUGUCAUCUUCUGCGGGAUAUGGCGCCGCAACUUAUUUGCAAUAGACUGGUACUGUUGCAUCAAUUCUCUGAACUGGUGUGUCCGAACCUACCACUGCUCGUCUUAGAUGAACCACUGGAUCAGCUCAGGAGUUUACUGUUCUACAGUGUGAAAGAGGCUGCCUUCAGAAAGGCAAUAAUGGCAACAAUGGUGCGCGAACGUCAACACGGUCCGGUGGUGGAGCUGUCGCGGGUAGCGGCGCGCAGGGCUCGUAGAGGCGGCAGCGGGCUGGCCGGUCCGGCCGGCAUGCGCUCAGUGUUCGGGCAAAUGGUAGCUCGCCUACCCGCUCUCACUCAGGACGCUUUGGCGCUGCCACAUCGGGUGUGGAAGGUUAAGUUUGUGGGCGAAAGCGUCGACGACUGCGGCGGUGGUUACAGUGAAAGUAUAGCGGAGAUGUGUGAGGAGCUACAGAACGGGUCUCUUCCGCUGCUGAUGGCUACGCCCAAUGGACGCGGCGACGCGGGCGCCUCGAGAGAUGCUUUCCUACUGAACCCCACUGCCAAUACUCCCUUGCACCUUAACUGUUUUAGAUUUCUGGGUGUACUAAUGGGCAUAGCAAUCAGGACCGGCUCGCCGCUAUCGCUAUCUUUAGCGGAAGGUGUAUGGCGACAAUUGGCCGGCCAGCCGCUGCGCCCGCAAGACUUGGCCGAAGUGGACAAAGACUUCCUGCCCGCCCUAUUGUGCAUACGGGACAUGACGCCGAGUAAUAAGGAAUUACAAAACCUCGAGCUACCGUUCUCAAUACCGUCGGCGGCUGGGCAUGAAGUGCAACUCUCAACACGACACAAGCGGGUGACGCCCGAUAAUAAGGACGAGUAUGUGCAACUGGCGCUGCAUUACAGGCUUCACGAGUUUGACGAACAAGUGCGAGCGGUAAGGGACGGAAUGUCACGUGUCAUCCCCGCGCCACUGUUGGCGCUGUUCAACGCUUCCGAGUUGGAAACGCUCGUCUGCGGCUCACCAGACAUACCGGUCCACGCUUUACGUGCUUCAGCCACUUACAAAGGCAUUGAACCAAACGCUCCUCUGGUGCAAUGGUUCUGGGAAGUAAUGGAGGAACUGUCGGGCAGCGAACGUGCUUUAUUCCUGCGUUUUGUAUGGGGACGUACGCGGUUGCCCCGCGCGCCCCAGGAUCCGCGCCAAAGGGACUUUGUACUGCAGGUUCUCGACAAAUACCAACCACCUGAUCACUUUUUGCCGGAGAGCUACACGUGCUUCUUCCUCCUGAAGAUGCCGAGAUAUUCGUGCAAGAGUGUUCUGCGAGAAAAAUUAAGAUAUGCUAUCCACUUCUGCAAAAGUAUAGACACGGACGAGUACGCGCGUGUGGCCCUCAGCGCGGCCGAGCGGGUCUCCUCAGAGGAAUCGGACUCCGAAGGCGAUGGCACUCCGGCACCCACGUCCAUCCCACCGCCCGUGCUUUAUUCCCUCACCAGGGCACCCACGUGGCUUUGAAGCCUGUUCACCUAAACUCACCAUACAGAACGAGAAGACCAGAUAAUGAGGUCAAACUUGGGGGCGAUGCAGUUCAAGAGCGGUGUGCAUCACACUUUAACAUCACUCCAACGUUGAUAAUAUUCGAGCGUUGAAACAUUAAAAGCGUUAAAGCAAAAUGAACCUUACUUGUCGUGGUUUAAAGCUCAAAUUCGUGCUCCAAGCAGAAACGCGAAAUCAAAAUCGCUGGUACUGAAUCUUUGACUUUAACUCAAAGAAAGUUAGGUCCAUUUUACUCUAACGUUAUUGUAUCUCAUGUAAAAUCUCAUACUAAUCUGAACAAAACCUAGCUGGAUAUGGCGUAGACGCUGCUGUUUUGUAUCGCUAGGUGUACAGAACAGAUGGGUCUACGCCAUUAUAACUUAAU